AUGUUGUUUGUGUGUGUGGCCGCCCCAUGUGCUGACGACCACUCCAUGUUCUUCCAGUUUGGCCCGUCCAUAGAGCAGCAGGCCUCCAUCAUGCUGAAGAUCAUGGAGGAAUACGACUGGUACAUCUUCUCCAUCGUCACCACCUACUACCCCGGAUACCAGGACUUUGUCAACAAAAUCCGGAGCACCAUAGAGAACAGUUUUGUGGGCUGGGAGCUAGAAGAAGUCCUCCUGUUGGACAUGUCUGUGGAUGACGGAGACGCUAAGAUCCAGAACCAGAUGAAGAAGCUGCAGAGUCCUGUCUACCUGCUUUACUGCACCAAGGAGGAGGCCUACACCAUCUUUGAGGUGGCAAACUCUGUGGGACUGACGGGAUACGGGUACACCUGGAUCGUACCGUCGCUAGUGGCCGGCGACGCCGAUAAUGUCCCCGCCGUGUUUCCCACAGGGCUAAUUUCGGUGUCGUAUGACGAAUGGGACUACAGUUUGGAGGCUCGGGUGCGGGAUGCAGUGGCUGUCAUCGCCAUGGCGACCUCCACCAUGAUGCUGGACCGGGGGCAACACACGCUGCUCAAGUCAGGCUGCAACGAGACCCCUAACAAGAAGGGCUCUAAACAAGGCAACUCCAAUGAAGUGCUCAA